AUGGAUGAUAGAGUGAGAUUAAAAGUGUAUUAUGAUGGCCAAAUAUUGUUACAAACAUCUGAAGGAGUGAAAUUUGUGUGUGAAAAUCCAUUAGAUAUUAUAAUUCCUUUCACACUGUCUUAUGAAGAAUUGAAAGGUGUUAUUUGUGAGAAGAAGGAUUCUCAAAUAUCUAGGAGAGUGUCGUGUAUUUUGUACAGAUUUCCUAUAUCUGUCUUUGGUAGGUUCGUGCAAUUUCAAACGAAAUACGUGACCGACGAAGCGAGCAUGCAAGAAAUGUUUUCAGUGUAUCUUGAAAGUCGGUCGCGAAUAUCGUUCAUCGAACUUGAGGAAGAGUUCGAAAGUAACUACGAGGUCGUUGAUCCAGGUGUAGACGAAGAUCAAGCUGACGAGGCUAUGGUGGCAGAUGUGGCGGAUGUGGCAAAUGCACUAGCAAACCAGCAGCCGUUUGUAGAGCCGAGUUUCAUGCGGUCGUUGGAUUUGGAAACCAUGCAUGCAUCGGAGUUUCCUCAAUAUCUUCCCGUUAUGCCAGAUGGUGAAUUUACCGUGGGAAUGGAAUUCAGUUCUAGGGAGGCAGUAAUUAAGGCGAUGAAAGAUUAUACAAUCCGCAGAGAUGUAGAUUAUCGGGAGAUAAGGAGGUACAAUGUUAGUUACACCUGUACUAGGGCCACCAUUUCUCAAGAUCAUUCGAAGCUGGUUUCCAACACAGUUGCAGAAGCAAUAAAGCCAUUGGUAGAAGUUGACCUGUCUAUAAAGGUGAAAUCAGUGAUUGUGGAAGUACAGGCAAAUUUUAACUACACCAUAAGUUAUCGCAAAGCAUGGUUGGCAAAACAGAAGGUAGUAGAGUCAAUUUUCAGAGGGUGGGAAGCUUCGUACGAAGCCUUGCCGAUAUUGUUUGAGGCCAUGUGUCACAAGGAGCCAUCCGCAGUUAUUCACUUUGAAAUAAUGCCUGCAUAUCAGGAGAUGAUUUGGUUCCUAAUAUUCGUGUACUACACCGAGUCUUCUGGAAUUAUUACCCUUGAUGGCAACAACAACAUCGUUCCUAUUGCAUUUGCGAUAGUUGAAGGAGAUACAUCUGAGGCUUGGCACUUUUUUCUUAUUAACUUGCGACAGCAUGUUAUGACAUGUAAUGGUGUGGGCCUUAUCUCCGAUCGGCAAGAUUCCAUUAGGUCAGCAAUUGCUCGUAGUAACGGAGCUUGGUCUCCUCCCAGAGCAUUCCACAUGUUCUGCAUUAGACAUAUAGAGUCCAAUUUUUUGAGAAAGUUCAAGGCAUCGUAUCUGCAGAAGCUUAUCGUCAAUAUAGGAUACUCACGAACAUAUGCUUUAGCAUUUGAUGGGGGAUAUCGAUGGGGUCAUAUGACCACCAAUCUAGUGGAAUACAUCAACUCGGUACUAAAAAGGGCUCGCAAUCUUCCAGUCACUGCACUUGUUAAGGCAACGUUUUAUAGGCUUAAUGAAUUGUUCACCCAAAAAAGAGUCGAGACUGAGGCUCGAAUUAAUGCAGGACAUGUAUUCUCUGAGCUUGUAACCUCCAAACUGCAUGCAAAUCAACGGGUAGCGGGUAACAUCCAACGGUUGGAUUGGCAAUUGUAUGUACAUGAUGUCUACAAGAUGGACCAAGUUCGAUGA